CAGCCGAGCCGUAAAGAACGACGAUGCAACAGAAGCAGCAAUUAACCUCUUCUCGAUCCGGAAGCCAAAGCGAGAUAGAGAGAGAUCGUCGAGGUUGAUCGCGAGCGAAUGGCUCGGUUUGCUGCAGAUGCUCCAACAAGAGGUGGCUUCAGCUUUGAUCUGUGUCAAAGGAAUGAAAUGCUGUUGAAAAAAGGCAAUCAGCUUCCAACUUUUAGAAAGACCGGAACAACCAUUGUUGGAUUGGUCUUUGAGGAUGGUGUUAUACUUGGAGCAGAUACAAGGGCCACUGAAGGGCCUAUAGUUGCUGAUAAGAAUUGUGAAAAAAUUCAUUAUAUGGCACCAAAUAUUUAUUGUUGUGGGGCUGGAACUGCUGCUGAUACAGAGGCAGUAACAGAUAUGGUCAGCUCUCAGCUGCAGCUUCACCGUUAUGCAACUGGUCGAGAAUCAAGGGUUAUUACUGCCCUUACACUUUUGAAAUCACACCUUUUCAGUUACCAAGGUCAUGUUAGUGCUGCAUUGGUUCUUGGUGGAGUUGAUAUUACAGGACCACAUUUGCACACAGUAUACCCUCAUGGCUCAACUGACACUCUUCCUUUUGCUACAAUGGGUUCUGGUUCUCUUGCUGCAAUGGCUGUCUUUGAAUCAAAAUUCAGAGAGGGUCUUACGAGAGACGAAGGAAUAAAGCUUGUAUCGGAAGCUAUAUGCUCUGGGAUAUUCAAUGAUUUGGGAAGUGGAAGCAAUGUUGAUGUUUGUGUGAUAACCAGAGGCCAAACCGAGUACUUACGGAAUCAUCAGUUGCCAAAUCCAAGAACCUACGUCAGUUCAAGAGGCUAUAACUUUCUCAAGGGUCAUACCGAGGUACUAUCUACCAAGAUUACCCCAUUGAAGUCGAAGGUGGAAGCAGCAGCUGAGGUGGAUGCAAUGGAAGAGUGACGACCACAGUCAUCAUGACAAGCCCAAGCAUAUUUUGCUAGGAACAACAGUGCCCAUUUGUUAACAAUGUGUGUGUACUUCAUGAAGGAUGAAUGGACUUUAAUGCCAUGGUUUUACCAUUGGGCUUUACCAAAGUAGCAGUCUCAUGUUUUCAUAUGUUACCAUUGCUAGGUGGUCAUUCCUCUUGACUUAAUUACAAACAAGAAGCAGAAGUAAUGAAGUGAAAUUGUCUUUGGUAGAAAA